CCUCUAGAAGAGGCAAAAUAGAGGUAAGCGCUUUCUUAGACUGAAAACUUGACUCCCUACUUUACCCCUAGGUACCUAUUUAUUAUGUCCUGUAUUUAUUAUACCCGGAUAAAUAGCUAGUGUAUCUAGAUGUGUUUGUUUACGCGAGAUCAAGAGUUGACAUAUAGAACUAGCAAGAAACAAUGACGUCUAGUAUAGCAUCAAGUGCUGCUGCGACGCACACAGAUGGGGACCACGAUACUGAAUCAGGUGAUACUCAAUUACAACUAAAGCGAAAGAUUAGUCAAGCAGUGGACGAAGGACAUGAUGCAGAUAUCCCGUCGAGCGAGGGGUUCGUAUUAAAUGAACAAGAAGAACUCAAACGACAACGAUCGAUAGCAGAUCGAAGGAGGAAUUCAUUCGCCAGCAAAAGAAGUAAAGCAGAUCGUGAUGUGGAAAAGGCACAAGUCCCGGGCGAGACAACAUUAUCGAGUAGUAAUGAUGGCGACAACGACGACACCAGCGAUUCGAAUACUAACAUUGUCUGGUGGGACGGACCUGACGAUCCAAAGAAUCCAUAUAACUGGCCAACGUGGCAAAAAGUUCUUAAUUGUGGGCUUAUUAGUGCGAUGACCUUUAUCUCCCCUCUAGCUUCGUCUAUAUUCGCUCCUGGCGUACCACAAGUCGUAGCGGAAUUCCAUUCUACCUCUUUAGAAAUAGCUGCAUUCGUAGUGAGCGUCUACGUGCUUGGUUUCGCAGCAGGUCCUAUGCUAUUCGCCCCCUUAUCCGAGGUUUACGGUCGUGUCGUCCUUUAUCAUAUUGCUAAUGUGGGAUUUGUGGCAUUCAGUAUUGGAUGUGCACUCGCGCCAACGCUCAAUGCCCUUAUCGUAUUCCGAUUCUUCGCCGGUGUAUUCGGAUCCGUACCUAUUACAAAUGGAGGCGGAACUAUCGCUGAUAUGAUAGAACAAAAGUACAGAGCUACCGCCAUGUCGGCCUAUUCUAUCGGGCCACUUCUCGGGCCUAUAAUCGGUCCCGUCGCGGGUGGAUUUCUUUCCGAUGCUAAAGGAUGGAGGUGGACAUUCUGGCUAUUGACUAUCGUUGGAGGGUUUCUCGCUAUUCUGAUGCUUUUCUCUCUUAAGGAGAGUUAUGCACCCGUUCUUCUUGAGAGAAAGGCAGCCAAAUUGCGUAAGGAAACAGGAAACAAUUUACUACGAUCCAAACUCGAUGCUGGCUUAUCACCCAAGGACUACUUUAAACGGGGUAUCGUACGACCUUUCAAGAUGCUGUUUCUUUCUCCAAUUAUCGCACUUACGUCGCUAUAUAUGGCUGUUACGUACGGUUAUCUGUACCUCAUGUUCACCAGCAUAACGGAAGUAUUUCAAGAAUACUACGGCUUCUCGACGAGUACGGUCGGAUUGGCGUUCAUUGGUCUCGGUGUGGGUAGUAUGUCCGGCAUCCUCGUUUUCAGCGCGACUUCAGACAAAUAUAUUCAAAGGAAAGCAGCUCAGGACGAUGCAUUGGCUCAAGGGGAAGGAAGACCUAAGUCGGGCAUAAAACCGGAAUACAGAUUGCCGCUUCUUCCAGCUGGUGCUAUUUUGAUUCCCGCAGGUUUAUUUAUCUACGGUUGGACUGCCUCUUACGGUGUACAUUGGAUCGCGCCUAUCAUUGGAACUGCUAUUGUCGGUCUUGGAAAUCUACUCAUCUUCAUGUCUAUUCAACUAUAUCUUGUCGACGCUUUUACUAUCUACGCCGCUUCAGCCCUUGCUUGCAAUACGGUUGUUCGAUCAUUGGCCGGUGCUGUGCUACCUCUUGCGGGUUUGCCGAUGUACAGCAAGCUGGGUAUCGGCUGGGGUAAUAGUCUGUUGGCUUUUAUCGCCGUCGCGCUCUUCCCUGUAUCGGUAUACAUAAUAAAAUAUGGAGAAAUGCUAAGAAAGAGAUUCGUCCUCAAGAAUCUUUAGCCACGAGGACGACUCGGAGUGGAUAUUUUACAUAAUAGAAUAGAGAAGGGCUGCAUUGAAAAGGCUUUAGAUAGACAAAGGAAUACCUACGGAUGAUCUGGCAUGCUAUAAUGUAUAUAGUGAGGUUUAUUACGACUAUAGGGAAUUAUCUACUCUGUCAAUAUAUUACAUGAUUCAUAAA